GCUGUGAGAAAUCAAGACUACCAGAAUCACCAUGAACCUACAGCUCGACACUGGUAGGAGAGACUAGACCGCCGCCGCGGUACCGACUCAUCCAAGAUCCAGCUGAUCAGAUGAGCAAAGCCCAUAUGACGUGGUGUCGCCAUAGCGACUGCAAGCAACGUAGUUGGAACGGGUUGCCUGGAGACAGCGGAAAAGUUUGGGAGCAGCGAUGGAGAAGUAUGAGAAAAUCAAAGUUGUCGGAAGAGGAGCUUUCGGGUAAACUCUUUUGUGAGUGUUUAUUAACACUCCGUAGCUGUUUUGGGUUAGACACAUCUGUUAUUCCGACGUAGGAUCGUUCACCUGUGCCGCAGGCGCGGCGACGGGGCCUUUGUCAUCCUGAAGGAGAUCCCAGUGGAGCAGAUGUCACGAGACGAACGCCUGGCGGCUCAGAACGAGUGUCAGGUCCUGAAACUGCUCAACCAUCCAAAUAUCAUAGAGUACUAUGAGAACUUCCUGGAAGACAAGGCCCUCAUGAUAGCUAUGGAGUAUGCACCAGGUGGAACCUUGGCCGAUUACAUACAGAAGCGCUGUAACUCUCUGCUGGAUGAGGACACCAUCCUUCACUUCUUUGUACAAAUCUUACUUGCCCUGUACCACGUCCACAACAAACUUAUUUUGCACAGAGACCUUAAGACGCAGAAUAUUCUUCUUGACAAGCACCAGAUGAUCGUCAAAAUCGGUGACUUUGGCAUCUCUAAAAUCCUUGUCAGCAAGAGCAAAGCUUACACGGUGGUCGGGACCCCAUGUUACAUCUCCCCAGAGCUGUGUGAGGGAAAGCCGUAUAACCAGAAGAGUGACAUCUGGGCUUUGGGCUGUGUGCUCUAUGAGCUAGCGAGCCUUAAGAGAGCCUUUGAGGCAGCUAAUCUACCUGCCCUUGUUCUGAAGAUUAUGAGCGGAACAUUUGCUCCAAUUUCAGACCGGUACAGUCCAGAACUCCGACAGCUCAUCCUCAACAUGCUCAAUCUGGAUCCAUCCAAACGGCCUCAACUCAAUGAAAUAAUGGCUCUUCCCAUAUGCAUCAGGCCCCUCCUUAAUCUCUUCACAGAUAUAGGCAAUGUCAAAAUGCGCAGGAUUGAGAAACCACUGUCUGCUGUGCAAACUGGUCAUCAUGGUAGACCAGGAGGGAGAGUUCCUACCAACAGGUCCAGAGAUGGAUCAGUGGGUUUAGGAUCAGGGAAGGUGCAUUCCCUCCCGCUGUCGUCGGUGUACACGUGGGGAAGUGGAAUCUCAGCGCCCCUCCGCCUUCCGAUGCUCAACACUGAGGUGCUUCAAGUGUCUCUGGGCCGCACUCAGAAGAUGGGGGUGACCAAGUCUGGCCGUCUAAUUACAUGGGAGACUCCAUCAGUGGGGUCUGGUGAGGCCAGUCUGCCCGGUGUGGUGGAGCAGAUGCAGCCUCAGUUCAUUUCCCGUUUUCUUGAGGGCCAGUCUGGAGUCACCAUCAAGUCUGUAUCCUGCGGUGAUCUUUUUACCACCUGCAUGACAGACAGGGGCAUUAUCAUGACAUUUGGUAGUGGGAGCAACGGCUGCCUAGGACACGGUAACUUCAAUGAUGUAACACAGCCCAAGAUAGUUGAGGCACUCCUCGGCUACGAGCUGGUUCAGGUGUCAUGUGGAGCUUCCCACGUACUCGCUGUGACCAAUGAAAGAGAAGUAUUUGCCUGGGGAAGAGGAGAUAAUGGUCGCCUCGGGCUUGGCACCCAAGACACCCACAACUCUCCACAGCAGGUGUGUUUACCUGUGGAAUUUGAGGCCCAAAGGGUGAUGUGUGGAGUGGACUGUUCCAUGACUAUCAGCACCCAGUACAGCAUUGUGACAUGUGGAAGCAACAGGUUCAACAAGCUUGGGCUGGAUAAGAUAACAGCUGGAGAGGAACCAAAUCCCUCCAAUCAGGUGGAAGAAGUCCAUUCUUUCACUUCUGUCCAGUCAGCUCCACUCAACAGUGAGAAGAUUGUUCACAUUGACAUUGGGACAGCACAUUCUGUUGCUGUUACAGAAAGGGGUCAGUGUUUUACCUUUGGCAGCAACCAGCAUGGCCAGAUGGGCUGCAGCUCCCGUCGUAGCAGCCGUGUUCCCUACCUGGUGCCUGGGCUGCAGGGCAUCACCAUGGCUGCAUGUGGAGACGCUUUCACCUUAGCUAUCGGAUCUGAUGGGGAGGUGUACACCUGGGGAAAGGGGGCCCGCGGCCGACUCGGAAGAAAAGAGGAGGAUUCUGGGAUACCGAAGGCGGUGCAGCUUGACGAGAGUCACCCAUUCACGGUGACAUCGGUGGCUUGUUGUCAUGGCAACACUCUGCUGGCAGUGAAACCUUUGCUCGAGGAACCUGUCCCAAGAUGAUUUUGUCCUAAAAACGAACCCACACCCACUCAGUGGUCGCCAAGAAGCCCGGCGGUGGCAUGAGGUGAAGCUUCCUCUGAAUAUAACUCCUCCCAGAGGCCCAUCUGUGCUGCAGUUGAAAGAUUCCCUUUCACACUGCAGCUGCGGCCUCAGAUUUCCACUUGGUCUUCCUCUCCGUCUAGGUUUUUUCUUCUCUCUUUCCGGGAAUGAAUGUUUGUUUCAUUCGGCGGUUUGAUAUCAUAAAGCAAAGCACAGAAAAGGCCGAGCCCUGUGUGUUGCAGCAGGUGUAUCUCACAACAGGAACAGGUUAGUUAAAGGACAGUUGCAACACUCUUUCUGAAGAUGGAUUAUAGGAAGUCAUUAGGCAGCUUUCAUGUGGUGAGCUAUUGUCGUCUAUCACGUGCGGAGUUAGCAUGAUAAAGGCCAAUAAAAGUCAAACUGGUUUGAGGUCCCUUAAGCCUCUGGUGAAUGAGAUGACACAAUGCGCAGAAACGAAAAGAACAAAAGCCACUUCAGUGUUUAGCAAUUUAUCAGUCGAAUGAACCAAACACGUUAAUCUCGAUCACAUCGUCAGCGCUCACAUUGUGCUUCAUUGGAUUAGUCCUCCGAUACAUUUGUAACUCAACAGCAGCAUUCAGACCAGAUAACGAUGUGUUCAGGGUUCAACUGAUCAGCCUCUUUAGGACUUAAUGACUGUGUUCCAAAUCUUGUUCACUCCUCCCUAUAUAAGAGACACUCAAUAGUUUACUCUGCAGGGAGCUGUAAAUAUGGACACCAAUUAUCAUCGUCAUCACUGACAUCUAUUAAAUGUGAGAAGUUGCAUUGUGAGAUUGUUAGCAAAAAAUUGUUGUGUUCCAUUGUAGGAAUCUUUGAGGGCACUACUUUAUAGAGGAUAGAUGUCACACUCGGACACUCACAGAAAAUGGUGGACAGUAAAUCAAGUGCAUUAAAUAGACUGUUUAUUUAUUUGUAUGUGUUGUAACUCACUGAAAUGUGUAUAAUAUUUAAAAUGAAAUGGUAUGUAUAUUGUGUAAACUGUAUUCAUAAGAUGACCUAAGACUGUUGAGAAAAGAAAACUGCCAAAGUGGUGGAAGAAGUACUCAGCUAUUUUACUUAAGUAAAAGUACCAAUACCACAGUGUAGAAAUACUCCGUUACAAGUCCUGCAUUCAAUAUUUUACUUAAGUAAAAGUACAAAAGUAUGAGCACCUUCUGAAAUUGUCUUUAAUGAUACAUUGAUGACGUGUGAAAUAAAUGUGUAAACGUGUCAUUAAAAAAAUAAAAGUAAAAGUACUCAUUAUGCAGAAUGGCCCAUUUCAGAAUAAUACAUGUUCUAUUAUUUGGAUUAUAAUUAGUGAUGCAUUAAUGUGUAAGCAUCACUUUGAUGUUGCAGCUGGUGAAUGUGGGGCUAAUUCUUUACUCUGUGUCUUAUAUACUUAAUUGAUAAUAAUGCAUCUAAAUGUAUUAGUUGAUUGAUUUUUGCUUUAAUAAUCUGUAAAGUAUAAGCUGCCAAAUAAAUGUAGUAAAGUAAAAAAGUUCAAUAUUUGCCUCUGAAAUGUAGUGGAGUAAAAGUAUCAAGUACCUUAAAAUAGAAUACUCAAGUGAAGUACCUCAAAAUUUGCACUUAAGUACAGUAUUUGAGUAAAUGUACUUAUUUUCCACCACCAUGCCCAGGAGUGAAAUGUUUUUCUGUGUUUUUACAUUACAUCUUCUGGUGUCACAGCUUUAAUUGUCACGAUAAAUAAAAAUAAACAAAUAAAUAAAUAAAAAACAAUAAGAGAAAGACA